GGCAGGGGCAAACGGUGAUGCUGUGCAGCUCAUGCCAGCCCUGCGUGGCGGGGCCCAGGCCAGCCCAGCAGCAACACCCUGACUCACCUCAGCGGGCCAUACAGUUUGUGGGUCAAUGUCAACGUCCACCGCGACUGUUCCCAUUUCUGCGCCUGGCAGCCUCCGCGCCCAGCGCUGCCCACCCUGGAAACCCGAGGGAGGAGGGGCCGAGGGACAGGUAUUGGCCCAGCCCUAGCAGCUGCAGCAGCCACCACCUCUACUGGGGAGCCCACCAGGGACUUGGCAAGUGGAAAGCUGCACACGGGACUAGUGACUGUCCUGCCAACAGAGCCCCUUGCUGACCCCGGCCCUUCACCACAGCUCCAGGGCACAGAGCCCUGUCCUCUGCUGGAAAGAGCCUGCACAGGACAAGCGAACAGGACUGCACUUAAGGGCUGGGGUCAGCAGGGAACUGUUCAGUAGCUGUGUCCUCCCCCCUGACCCUGGCCUUUCAGCUCAGCUGUUUGUUUUCCAUGCGCACAGGGGCAUGUUGGAGGCCAGGCAGGGAGCUGAGUGUAGACAGACGAGACGACCCUACCACGGCAGGGACCAGUUGCCUUCCUCCAGUGCAACACGACUCCAUGAGGAACCAGGGCCCCGUGUCUUACGCCUCCAAGGCUCACCCUGUGUUCCCGGGUGAGGGCAGCCAAGUCACUGGACAAGCCCAUCACAGUCUUGCCCCCACUGGACAUUCAGGUCACAUGGAAGUUCUUCAUGAUCAAAUUUCCGCUGAAGAACUGACAUCAGCAUCAGGAUUCACCAGUGAAGAGACUGAAUCCCACUCUAGUUCUGCUGCAGGGAUAAAGGCGGCAAGAGGUGAGACCAGCCGGAGUCAGAGUCCCACUGCCUGCCUCAGAGGACAGCACAAAUGUAACUGGUGUGCCAGAGAGGAGGAGAAGGAUCUUCCAGAAGAAAUAAAACCAGAGAUUAUUCAGGACAUAGAUGGGAACCAGGAAAUGUACAGGGUUCAUUUCUCUAGGGCAGGCUGGUUCCGUUGCCCUGAAACUGAACUGGAGUUUGAGGUGAGGGCAGCAGUGACCAUCCGCUAUGGAUACGGCUCCUGGAGGCAGCAUCUGACUGAAUCGCAGCAGGAGCCAUGGAUGGUGGCUGGCCCUUUGUUUGACAUCCGAGUGGAACCGACUGAGACUGUGGCAGCCAUUCACCUCCCGCACUUCCUGUGUCUCAGAGAUGCCGACAAGUCCUGGAUGCAUAUUGCCCAUUUCAUCGAUGAAGGGAUGAUCCUGGAGAACCCAACGCAGGCAGUUGAUGUCUAUGAAGAGAAGUGCCGGUCAUGGUUUGUGUCUAAGUCUCAUUUCACCUCUAAACCCUUGUGCUUCGGCUCUCGCUGCAUUGUGUCCAGUCCAUCGGAGAUAACAGUAACACCCAAAGAACUGCCAUUUUUGGAUAAACCUGCAGAUGCUCUUCAACCAUUCACAGAGAUCCACACCGAGGAUGUAAAGGAGGAGCUGGAGCUCAGCCUGGUAGAGAAAAAUGAUGAGAAGCUGAUCUGGGCGGCUGUCAUCAGACCAGAGGACCUGAUGCCUUCUGUUUCAUCCACUAAGAUGCGAACAGACACACAUUUUGUUGACCAGCACCGAGAACAGCUGAUCCAGCGGGUGACUGCAGUGGACGGCAUCCUGGAUUCACUGCAUAGUCUCUUUCUGGAUACUGAACAAUACCAGCGUGUCAGAGCCGAGAGAACCAACCCAGACAAGAUGCGGAAGCUGUACGAGCUGGUCCCGAGCUGGAAUUCAGACUGCAAAGAAAAGCUCUACCAGGUGCUGAAGGACAAACACAGACACCUGGUUGAAGAGCUGAGUGGAAAUAGAUGAAGGCAGCUCUCCCUCCUCUCAGAGAUUGUUUGCAUUGGGAGGGGUUAAUCCACAGGUUUUUGGUGUGAAUCGGGUAACUUACAAUACGCAAACUGCAAUAAUAGUGUGCACAUGGGACACCUGUUCCACGUUUCAGUUUGCAUCGUGUGUACACGGCAGAGGCUUGCUAUGUACUAUGCGUGCAGCAUUCUCAGAGGGUAUCCCACACCCCUUUGCCUUGGUGCUGAGCACUGUGCAUUCUGUGAUUGUUCUCGCUGUGAAUUGUGGGAUACGUAGCUAAAGCUGGCCGGGUUCAAUUUUUUAAAAAAAAGAAAAAUCCCAUAGCUCGGUGCCAUGUGCUGGCGACCUGGAAUUCACAGAUGCCGCUAGGGCUAUUGUUCAACUGAAUGAAUUUGGCUUUGGACAUUGCCUGCUGCACCACCGCACACAUGAUAAUAGAAAACAGGUUGCUGGAGCAGCUCCACAGCAUGCAGCGCCAUUUCUGGGCGCAGGAAACCAGCACAGACCAGUGGGAAAGGAUUGUUCUGAAGACCUAGAGUGACCACCAGUGGUGAGAGAAGUUCUGGAUGGGGAAGACAACUCUUUCUUGAGGUAGCACUGUAACCCUGGAGCUGCAAUGGUACCAACAUGUGCACAAGAAGGUUGCCAUUGCCAUCUGGAAUCUGGCCACCCCUAAAUAAUACCAGUACAUAGCAAACCAAUCUGACAUAGGAAGGUCAAUUGAUGGAGCCGUUGUCAUGUGAGUAUGUGAUGCCAAGGAAAAUGUACUGUCACACCGGAUUCUAAAGCUUGGUCAUACUCAGGAGACUGUUGAUGGCUUUGCACACGUGGGUUCCCAAACUCUACUGGGGCAAUUGAUGGAUCACAUGUGCCUAUUAUUUGCACCCCUCUUCCCCUCCACCCAAGUGCAGAAUUUAUAAACAGAGAGGGGAUUCUCUAUAGUGCUCCAAGGCCUGGUUGACCACCUGAUAUGUUUACAGACAUGAAUGCAGGGUGGCUGGAUCGAUGGUGAUAGGAUCUUUUCGACCUCAGGCCUAUUUAUCUUAUUGGAGAAAGGACUGCUUGCCCCCAGGAACACUAUGGGCAUUGCUCCAGUUAUCCUGGGAAACCCAGUUCAUCCUCUGCUUCCUGGUUAACGAAGCCAUUCGCAGGCCGCUUGGACAGAAGGAAGGAACUGUUCAACUCUCACCUCAGUAGUUGCAGAAUGGUAGUGGAGUGUGCAUUUGGCUAUUUGAAAGAGAGGGGUGCUAUUUGUAGAAUAGACUGGAAGCAGUAGAAAAAAGCAUUCCAACGAUUAUAGCAGCAUGUUGUAUUUUGCACAAUAUUUGUGAGGGGAAGGAUGAAGGCCGUAGCCAUGGGUGGGAGGUUGAGGUGCAGAGACUUGUGCAGAGGUCUGAGCAGCCAGCAAGGCUUCCCACAGAAAAUGGAAACAGUCGGGGCAAUAUUGUCAGGGAUGCCUAUUUGCUCUUAUCUUGAGUUCAGCCCUGAUAAUGUUCAGCCGUGUAUCCAGCUGUCAACCUGUGAGGAGAGGGGGUUGUGGGAAUGAACUGUGAGCUGUGCAGUUUUGUUUAUUGGUGGUGGCAGAGGGACAUUGGGGCAAUCCUUGUUUUACCUUCCGUCUUUGCCUGUACCCUUGGUAAAACCCUGUGAAUUAUUUCAGUUUUACAGCUUUUCUGUGUUAAUGCACUGAGUCAUCAGGACUGAAGUUUUAACAGCUUUUGUUAUGAAACAACAAUCAAUUGUGUAAAACAAAAAUAAACUUUUAAUUGAAUUGACAA